CGCGUCCGCCGGUGCCGCCGCGGCGCUCCCUCGCAGUCUGUCAGCGGGUCCCUCCGGGAGGAGGCCGUGGUGACCGCGGGAGGCGGGGCUGGGGGGCAGCAUGGCAGCCUCCUUACGGCUCCGAGGGGCGGCCUCCGGCCUGCGGUGCUGGAGCCAGCGGCCGCGGCCAGCAGCUGCCAGCCUUGCAGCGGUAUGUUCCAGGUCAAUGGCUUCUAAGACUCCAGUUGGAUUUAUCGGCGUGGGCAACAUGGGGAACCCAAUGGCCAAGAAUCUGAUGAAACAUGGUUAUCCACUCGUUGUCUAUGACGUCUUCCCUGAUGCAUGUAAGGACUUUCAAGAAGCAGGAGAACAGGUAGUGUCUUCCCCGGCAGACGUAGCCGAAAAAGCGGACAGAAUUAUUACGAUGCUGCCCACCAGCAUCAAUGCGAUAGAGGCUUAUUCUGGAGCAAAUGGAAUUCUAAAAAAAGUGAAGAAAGGCUCAUUAUUAAUAGAUUCCAGUACUAUUGAUCCUGCAGUUUCAAAAGAAUUGGCCAAAGAAGUUGAGAAAGUGGGAGCAGUUUUCAUGGAUGCCCCUGUUUCUGGUGGUGUAGGAGCUGCUCGGUCUGGAAACCUCACAUUUAUGGUAGGAGGAGUCGAAGAUGAAUUUGCUGCUGCUAAAGAAUUGCUGGGGUGCAUGGGCUCCAAUGUGGUGUACUGUGGAGCUGUUGGGACCGGGCAGGCUGCAAAGAUCUGCAACAACAUGCUGUUAGCUAUCGGCAUGAUUGGCACUGCUGAAGCUAUGAAUCUUGGAAUCAGGUUAGGGCUUGACCCAAAACUAUUGGCUAAAAUCUUAAAUAUGAGCUCAGGACGGUGUUGGUCAAGUGACACUUAUAAUCCUGUCCCCGGGGUGAUGGAUGGCGUUCCCUCUGCUAAUAACUAUCAGGGUGGAUUUGGAACAUCGCUCAUGGCUAAGGACCUGGGAUUGGCACAAGACUCUGCCACCAGCACCAAGAGCCCAAUCUUUCUGGGCAGUCUGGCCCAUCAGAUCUACAGGCUGAUGUGUGCAAAGGGCUACUCAAACAAAGACUUCUCAGCGGUGUUCCAGUUUCUACGGGAAGAGGAGACAUUCUGAGGAUGCCCCCAGCUGUGGACACUGUUGGCAACCAAACUCGACCCUGGAGCCUGCUCCCUAGCUCAUCCCACAAGUUACAUGGGUUUAAUCAAAGGUCACCUGUCUGCUUUUGAUUGUCUAGGUCAAAGAAACCUCUAGGAUUUUUCAGCCAUUUUUAACUACUUAGUCUUUUUGUCUGUUUAGCAAACAUGUAUUAUCUUAAAUCUUUUUCUUGGGCCAGCGCUGACGGCCUCUGCUAGCUAACUGAAUUGACCUUUUCCAAAUCUGAUCCCUGAGCAUCUUUGAUGACACCGUUGAAUACUUUGAUCUGGAUAUUUUACUCCACUUUGCGAGUGAGACCAAAUGUUGUGUCAACAGAAUGAAACCCACGUUAAAGGAAAGAACAGAAAUGGGUGUGAAGAAAGAAGUUAGAAAAUGGAAGCAUAGCAGAUGACUACCUAUGUCUCCGCCAAGACGUCUAUCCCGUUAUCAGGUGGUGGUGGUCUUGCAUUGACUUUCCAGGGAGUUGAUAAAGCAAGAGAAUCUGUUGCUGCAUGGUUUAUAAUUUGAACUCAGUUAAAAUAUACUUUGCGUGUCCUCCUGUUACAAUUCUGAGUACCCAGCAGAUGUUUCACUUGCUUAUACGUUUUUUCCUAUAUAUUUUUGAACUUGAAAACACUGACAUCUUUAGAGGUGUUCCAGAGCCAAGGAUGAUACUUGUUUUAGAUAAUUAUAACAUUAUUCUAAAUAUAAUCAUAUUAUUUUGAAUUCAAAUAAAUUUCUAUACUGA